AUGAUUCAUCAUGUAAUUCGAAUCGAAUUCAUUCCCAUUCGACACUCUACUCUUUUAUUCUAUUCAGAUUCUUCAAGUGCAUCACCAACUAUGGCACAUCAUCCAAGAUAUAAUAACAAUGUUGCCCAUGCAUCAGUACAAACAUCGGAUACUAUGACAACAAAUUCACGUUCUUCAUCAGAACAACCACCACCACCACCACCACCACAAGAAAAACAUCCAUGGCUACCAAUACCGAUCAAUGAAAAUACUUCUCGGUUGUGUCAGAUACGUCCAUCAGUAGUUUUGACGACUCUUCAACAAUCUUUUCUCCCUGUCUUUCCUAUCUGCAACGAUGCCGAUGAAUUUUAUCCACUUUUAGCAAAUAUACCUCUGAAAGAGUUGUCGACGAUCGAACAAAGACUUCGACAAGCACAUCCUUUUGAUGAUAACUAUGCCAAUAUGUUACUCAAAUUUGACGUUAAACUUCGACUCGAUGUACAACAAUGGUUAGAUUCGUAUGCUCGCCAAUGGAAUAUUCAUCAAAUAAUCUUAAUGAUCAAUUUAAAUCGAUUAUUUCAUCUUCUUUCUCGAUUUACAUUACAAGAUUAUUUUAUAAAAAAACAAGAAGAAUCCUAUGAAUUAUCUA